UUCCGGUGCGGGGGGCCAUCCGUCCUCAUCCGCGUCCAUCCUUCUUCAUCCAUCCUCAUCCAUCCUCAUCCGUGGUCCCGACGCCUCGCAGCCCCCGUCUCGGUCCCUCCCGAGGGCGGAAACCCGUCCGGGAAGGCGAGGAUGGCCGGAGGGAGCGGGCGGGCCGCGGCGCCCAUGGAACCGGAAGUGGCCAAGAGGCUGUUCUUGGAGGGGGCUACUUUGGUCAUCCUGGACGUGCCCGAGGGCACCGAGUUCGGCAUCGACUACGAGUCAUGGCGGGUGGGGCCCAGGUUCAGGGGGGUGAAGAUGAUCCCCCCGGGCGUCCACUACGUCCACUGCAGCGCGGCCGAGCCGUCCCAGGCGGGGCCCCGCACGGGCCUGUUCCUCAGCUUGGCCCCACGAGGCCUGGUCAUGCUACGGUGGGACAAGGACCAGGAGCGUUUGGAGCGCCCCAGCACCCCCCAGGCCCAACUGGACGCCCUCAGGGCCGGCCUGCCCCGCCUGGAUGCCCACCUGGGGCCCUACCCCCAUGCCACCCUGAAGAAGUGGGUGGCCCUGACCAGCCUGCUGAGCCAGGCCCAGGUGGAGCAGCUGCAGCCCCUCAGCGGGCACAUCUGCUCCUUCCCCGAGGUGCUGCCAGUCUUGCCCCUCGCCUCCACCCAAGACAGGGCACGACACAACCUGCCCCCCUGGGGCACCGAGUGCAAGACAUACCAGGAGGGCCUAGCCCGCCUGCCCCAGAUGCGGGUCCGGGCGGGCACGGAGAUCCGCUUCAGCCCGCUGCCCCGGCGGUUGUACCCCGAAGGGGCCAGCCCCGCCGAGGUCACCAGGCACAUGCUGGACCUCAGCUACGCCCUGGAGGCCGUCCUCAGCCGGCGCUACCCCGCCGACCCCCAGGGUCUCCUGGCCGAGUUGCAGUUCGCCUUCGUCUGUUUCCUGAUCGGGAACGUGUACGACGCGUUCGAGCACUGGAAGCAGCUGCUGAACCUCCUGUGCCGGGCCGAAGACGCCAUGACAAAAUUCCCCGACCUCUACAGCAGCCUCAUCUCCGUCCUGUACCACCAGCUGAAUGAAAUUCCCGCCGACUUCUUCGUGGACAUCGUCUCCCAGGACAACUUCCUGACAAGCACCUUACAGGUCUUCUUCUCCUAUAUCUGCAGCCCCACCGUCGACCGGGCCCUGAAGCGGAAGGCGGAAAAGUUCAAGGGUCACCUGACUAAAAAGUUCAAGUGGGAUUUUGAGGAAGAGCCCGAGGACUGCGCCCCGGUGGUUGUGGAACUUCCCGAGGGCGUCGUCCCGGAGUGACGGGCGGAGCCGCGGGAACCCGGAAUUCGGGUUUCCGGCUCAGGCUCUGACGUCUUCCCCGGUCGGUCCGCCCCCGAGGAGAAGAGAGGCCUGACUCGCUAACGGCCUCGUUCCUUUGGACCGAGAAGGGAAAGGGAAGAACCAAGUCGUCCAGAUUUAAACAUUCGUUCUUAUUUUAUUUCCCCCCCGCCCCACCGAGGGAGCCCAUCCUGUUCUCGGAGGAGACCUCGCUAAUGAGGAACAACCAUUUCGGUUCUGCCCGAACACGGGUUCGCCCCGGUGGGGCGUUUGAAUUUAAGACGGCGGUAGACUGUCCCAUUAAGUUUAAAUACAUCCUCUCCCACUUGAAACCACCCAAUAGCGUCUUUUAGGUUACAUCCUGAGUGCGCAAAGCCAGCAGAGUUGGACAUAUUAAUCGGCUCAGGGGCAGUCUUGUGACUGAUGUUUCCACGGCGGUUUUUGCCGGUGCCAUAAUCCAGAAGCCGAGGAUUUCCUCCCUUCAGCUGUUGAUUUUCGAGGUUUUGCAAAGGUCUCAGUAUUCUUGAUUCUGGGCAGCGAAGCCUAAAUUAAAUCCCGAAGCGUCCCCCCAUCCUCUGCCCGCAGAAAGCCGCUAGCUGAUUUGACUGAACGAAUCAACAAAACCAAAGGAGGCUCAGAGGCUGCGCUCGUAGGUAAUUGGGCACGGCGUUAAGCUGCUGGCCAGGAGACCACGGCCUGAAAUGGCAGCGAUACCCCCGGGUGCCGGGCUGCGGUCGUGUGGCUUCUCGCCUUUUCGCCUAGCUCUUAAGCCCGAGUUUCUGAGUGAGACUCCCCACUGCUGAUGGUUUUCAAGUUCCAUUUGUUUCCUUGGAGAUUCCGUCACCAAAGUGUUGUAUGCCAUCCAGGUCCUGCCCAUUAAACCCUUUUAAAUCGAAAA